AUAACGAUAAGAGAUAAGCACCUAUAUUACUGUUCAGGUGUAAAAUCGAAAAUGACGACUCCGGUACCUUAUGAACAAGCUGUAAAUAGAGAAUUAGUUACAAUCGAUGAAAUUUAUCCACGUUUACAGAAUCAAAGUAGUGCUUUGCGGGAAUCACCAGGUAUGGGGUAUAGGCCUUUAAUGGAUCAUGAAAGUUCCCUUGUUAGAUUUAUUCAAGGUAAACCUGGUACCUAUAAGCCUCAUACCGACUCUGUUCAAGCAUUUUUAGAUCAAUAUGAAAAGCCCAAUCAAAACAGUGAAAACGUACACGAAUGUCAAGACGGGCCACCUCCACCAGGUAAAGUUUGUUAUUUUAAUCUUGAUUUGCUGGGAAAUGACUGUACCUGGCAAAACGAUUACGGAUUCGAUGAAGGAAAACCUUGCUUCGUUCUAAAGUUGAAUAAAAUAUAUGGAUGGAUUCCCCAAGAGCACAAAUCAGCUAACGAAGUUCCGGAACCUAUAAGAGAAAGGUUCAGACCAGAUCAUAUGCCAGUUUAUUGCGAAGGAGAGGGGCCACUCGAUAAGGAAAAUAUUGGAAAUGUAACAUAUUUACCCCCGGAAGGUUUCCCUCUCAAAUAUUAUCCUUAUUUAAACCAAGAAGGUUAUAGGGCCCCAAUAGUUAUGGUAAAAUUUGAAAACAUAACAAACGGAAUGGUAAUCAAUGUCAUAUGCCGAACCUAUGCAAAAAACAUCAAACACAACCGAAAUGAUCAACUUGGAAGUGUUUUAUUCUCUUUGCUUGUUGACUAA